AACAAAAUCAUUAUUCGUUGAGCCGGUGAUUUUCUUUGUUCAUUGUGCAAUUAUAUUCUAUCGUGUUACUUUGUCGUUUAAUAUAAUAUAUAUUAUAUAAAUAUUAAAUUUUAAAGAGGAAAUUUGUAUUUAAAUAUAUAAUUAAUAAGUAAUUUCAACAGACACUAUUAAAACGGCAAUAAAAAUAAAUUAUUGCUGCGUAAUUUUUUAUAAAUAUAUUGUGGAUAAAAUCAUAUAGUUUUUAAAACUUUUUAUUGUAUUUUAGCAGUAUGAAGUUCAUCAUUUGUUGGGCGUCGCGUCGUUCGCUUAUCACAAUUUUAUUUGUUUUAAGUAUUGCUUGCAGUUUGAAUAAUUUUGCUACCGCGGAAAAAAACGCCAAUCGUCGAAGUUUUAUAAAUCCUUAUCCAAGAUAUAAAUUAUAUAAUGAUGGCGAUGAUCCUGGAGAACCAUUGUUUUUGACACAAUAUAUUAAUACACUACCGCCUGAACAGAUUCGCAACAUGUCACAGGUAAAAGGCUCGCAAUUUCUUGGUGUAGAAAGUUACUCUGGCUACCUGACAGUUGACGUUAAAUUCAAUUCGAAUAUGUUUUUCUGGUAUUUUCCUGCUUUGGAGAGUCCGGCUUAUGCACCUGUUGUAUUAUGGUUACAAGGUGGACCAGGUGCUUCAUCAUUAUUUGGACUUUUUACGGAGAAUGGUCCUUUUGAUAUUGUAUCAAAUGGUCAUUUGAAAUUGCGGAAUUAUACUUGGUCACGUACACACAAUCUAAUUUUUAUAGAUAACCCUGUUGGUACCGGAUUUAGCUUUACAGACCAUGAAGAGGGUUAUGCAAAAAAUGAGAAAGAUGUUGGCCGUAACUUACAUGAAGCUGUUCAACAGCUCUAUGAAAUUUUUAAUUGGAAGACUACGAAUGGUUUUUGGGUUACAGGUGAAUCGUAUGCUGGCAAGUAUGUACCAGCAUUAGCAUAUCAUAUCAGUAAAGUACAAAACUCUAUUGAUACGCGCGUAUUUAUACCGUUAAAAGGAAUUGCAAUUGGUAAUGGUCUAUCUGACCCACAACAUCAAUUGAAGUAUGGCGAUUAUUUAUAUCAACUGGGUUUGAUUGAUGACAAUGGUUUGAGUCUAUUCCAUGAAUAUGAAUUGAAAGGUAUAAACUGCAUUAAAAGACAUGAUAUGAAUUGUGCUUUCGAUACAUUUGAUUAUCUUAUUAAUGGAGAUUUAACUAAUGGUUCACUUUUUAAAAAUCUUUCCGGUUUUGAUUUUUACUUUAAUUACCUUAAAACUAAAGACAAUGGUAUUGGUGAAGUUUUGGGAAAAUUUUUGCAAACUACUGCAACUCGACGUGCCAUUCAUGUUGGUAACAAAACGUUUCAUGAUACUGACGUAGUAAAUAAGGUUGAACUUCAUUUAAAAGAAGAUGUAAUGGAUACUGUUGCCCCUUGGAUAGCAGACCUUUUACAACACUACACAGUAUGCAUUUACAAUGGUCAAUUGGAUAUUAUUGUUGCUUAUCCCUUAACACGAAAUUACUUAAACCAACUAAAAUUUCCAGGUUCUGACAUAUAUAAAACUGCCAAACGAGAAAUUUGGAAAGUUGGUGGAGAAAUUGCUGGGUAUGCAAAACAUGCAGGCCAUCUUAUAGAAAUAAUGGUAAGAAAUGCUGGGCAUAUGGCACCAUCAGAUCAGCCAGAAUGGAUGUUUUAUUUAAUUGAUCAUUUGACGCAUUAUAAGAAAAGUGGAGAAAGUACUAAAACAUCAAAUUAAUUACUGUUAACUUUUAAUGUUUGACAAACCAUGGAUUAGAUUUAUAUAUAAAUAUUGCUUUUUUUUUUAAUUUAUUCGGUUAUUGUAUUUACUUAACAGGUUAACUAUAAAUAAAUUAUUUUUA